UGAACUUCAAGCGCGCGAAGAGCAGCACACAGCAUAGAACCUACAUAGAUACUAGAGACACCCGCGGAUUGAGUGCCGAUUAAACACCGGAACGCUAUGCCUGCGGAGCGAAAUUAAAACAAUACUUAAUGAUGUACUUUAAAUUUCCCCAAAAUUUCGCCUACCAACGAUUGUGACAAUGGAAUAUUCCGAGUGAAAAUAUCAGAAUUUGCAUAAACAAUCUUAAAAUAGAGUUCCUGUGUUGAAAAGAGAUCAUGGCACGACGAACUAUCCGUGGGUGUAUGAACGAAAAGUGGGCUGUGAGCACCCUUUCGGUGCUCUUGAUGGUCUCGAUGAGACUCGUCCACGUCACCGCUGCUGACAGCAAUGAGACGGCAACGACGACAGCGAUUGAGGCCACACCGAGCACGACCAUGCGGAUGCCCACCGGCUACAAUCAGAGCUGCUUCAACUGGACCUCAGUGCCAGAGGCAGCGGGGGGCAACUGUUCCAGACUGACCCGGAGCGGACUCCUCAAAUGCUAUGGCGGCAUGAACAACCUGGGGGCAUUGGCGAAGCUGGGAAAGUCGCUGCCGGCCCAGCAAAUGCUGCUGUGCGGCUGGCCUAAGGACACAUCCAGGUUCCUGGGCGAGUUGCAAAAGCUGCCCAGGCUGCGAGUCCUGACCAUCGAGUACAGUGGGUUCACGGAGUUCGCCUUCGAAUUUCCCGAAAUGUCCUAUCUGCAGAGCAUCAACAUCUCGUGGACGAAUCUCUCCUACAUUUCGACACGCACCUUCAAGCGAGUGCACACUCUGAAGGUCCUGGAUCUGCGCUGGAACCAGCUUAUCCAGCUGGACGGUCCCCUGCUGCUCCCCCGCUCCUUUGAGCAGCUCUACCUGGCCGGAAAUCCCUGGAACUGCACGCGAAAUUUCAAGUGGAUGCUACUGCAGCCGGAGAAGGGGCGUCUCGUGGUGGACCGAGAUGAGCUCCUCUGCACCGAUCGCAAGUACAAGGAGCGCCAGAUGCUGCUGGUGAUGCACUACAAAUUGGAGCUGAAGAAGGAGUGCCAAUCGCAUCCGGACCUGAGGAACUGCACCUGCCUGAUGCACCACAUCCUGCCCAGGACCCAUAUUCCGCUCUACACGGUCAAUUGCUCCCACAUGCAAUUCCACAGCCUGCCCGCCUAUCUGCCGGAGAACACAACCACGCUGACCAUCAACGAUAAUCUGAUCAGCGACAUAAAUCCGCUACGGGAUAAUCCCCAUUACCGCCAUGUGGUGGAUGUGCAUCUGGAGAACAACCGCAUCUCCAAUGUGGACGACCUGGAGAACACGUUUUGGCUGCAGAACUUCCGCCUCUUCAACCUGCGUGGCAACAACCUGAGGAAGCUGCAUGUCUACGCACUGGACAAUGCGCUGAACGACAAUGAGAACGCCAAUCUGCUGUUGCUCAGCAAGAAUCCGUGGCACUGCACCUGCAAGUUUGGGAUGCGGCUGCGCGAGCUACUGAACCAGUACCGGGACAUUGUGAGGGAUGCCUGGAAUGUGACGUGCACCUACAUGCAGAACGACGAGCUGCGGCUGGCCAAGGUGCUGACCCUCACCCGCCAGGACAUGUGCAACGUGAGUGCGGAGAGUGGCACGCAGAUCCAUCCCAUCGACUGGCUGAACGGCGUGCUGGCCAGCCUCAUCAUCCUCAUUCUGGGAAAGCUUGCCUACGACUAUUAUCACUACAAGUAUUAUAACCGUGUUCCUUGGAUAGUCAUGAAGAUGCCGUGAUAGCCUUAAAUAGAUAUAGACAUGUGUAGAGUUAGAAGUAGGUGCUUGAGUCAUAGUUAUAGUUACAGAUACUUAGAAAAAGGCAUCUCAAAGACCUCAAAGUAUUUUCUCAAACAACGGUUUGAGCGGGUUUAUUUUGAAAAUCUACAAGUAGAUUCGGAUAUCAAUAUGGGAGUAUAUAGUAUAUGUAUUGUAUAUUGUGUAUAC